AUUGGUGGCGCGCUUUGUUUCAUCACAAAGGAGGAUAGACUCUGGCAAACAUCAAUGACUCUCACCCUUAAAAAUUCGUAUCAAAGUGAAAACCACCAGUGGGCAGAGCUUUUCGGUCUGGUGAGCUUUUCGCAAGCUAGGUUCGAAAAAAACAACGAAACUUGUGGAAAAUGAAUUCGCUCCGCGGUGUCAACAAACUGCCGUCGUGCUCCGCGGUCCCCCUGCAGUCUCCAAGACCAACGGGAAUGCCCGACGAGCACGCACGCGAACAACGAACCAACCAACCAACCAACCAACCAACAAACGGAAGAACAAGAGAGGUCGAGGACCAAAUCCUCUACGGUUCCCGUUUGCACAGCCGCGUCGUACUUUUCUAUGCAUUUUUGGUGUUCCUUUCUAGAAACAAAAGUCAAGGACCAGUAGUAGACUUUGAUAUCGAUAUCGUGUUUGAUUCGAAUAUUACGCGUUCACAGGGUCGUCGAUGAUCUGUUCGUGAAAGCUAAAAUGAGUAGAGUAUGUGAAUGCAAAAACAGGCCACAACUUCAACUCUACCCGCACGCAAUCUCCACCACCAGAGCUCGACAGGGCGCUCCCGCUCGGCCGUGGUACCCCGGUUCGUGAAAACCAGCGUGAAGAUGUGCCUGGGCAGUGGCGGCGGCGCAAACUUGUGUCUUAUGGGGAAGGCGCAAAGCACGAAUGCACAAGCACAAGUCGACGGCGGUGGAGACGUGGUCGCAGAGAAAGCGCAGAAUGGUGGCACGAGUGGCGAGUUUACGGAUGAAGCGGAGUCCUUCCUGGGUGAACAAAGCGCCUUCGGACGGGCUCUAUCAGCGGCGAGAUCGCGAUGGAGGGGCGGGGUACUUGAUUAUGUAGCCAAAGCAAUGCAACAUCUUCUUUGUGUAGUAGAAGCUUCUUGGUUCGCGUCGAGCACGUCUAUCCUUUGUCAAUUUUCGGCAUCGAAUCAGUGCUGCCACAUCUUUACACCGAUGCAUAUUCGACCAUGACCAGCAACAAAAUCAACAUGCCAUCCUAUAACGUCGAAUUCAUGUAGUUUAGACCAUCGCUCAAUGUCAUUGGUUUUCCUGUCAGGACUCGUCCGCAUCCAAGGCGUCCGGUCGACUGCAAGUGUCGUCCGAGCAGAAGAGGAUGAUGGAUGCUCUCCAGUACGCCAGAUCUGAAGAGGAGAUUGCGGAGCUGGUGAGAAAGUUGGGGCUGACAAACCCGUCACCGCUAGUGCAGGAGAAGAUCGAGUUUCUCCAGCAGACUGCCAUGACACGGGUACUUCUCGUUUGGUUUUGUAGUACUAAGACUUAGAUAUACAGUUAGAGUACUAGACGUGCUACAUGAAGACCACGUGGACUAAAUUGUUCUUGCUUUGUAUUUCGCAUUGCGAGGUGUAGUGCGGCAACGAGAUGUGGUUGUGGGUGCUUACGUACUGCUGUGAAUCUGGAAAUGCCUAUGCCUCUGCUGUACGAUUAUGAAUAAGAAAGUCAGGAAGUUAUCAUGUGGUUGCACACGAGCACGACUUGCUUUAUUAAUCAUCGUCACACUUUUUCUAGGUCGCACAGAAUCGGCAGGACGAGGCAGAAUUUCAAGCGAGAGCACCAGCUCGUGAGGAGGAAGAGCGAGCCUUCCGGGAAUCGCUCGGAGAGGAAGUGCGUGCAGUGCAACAAGAGCAAAGGCGACUUGCGAAUCGGCAGAUGGGGAUCGUCCGGGGACCGAACAGCCGCCAGGAUGACAACAUGUCGAAUUUGAGUACCGACACCGGCGGCGGCACCGUCAGCGAGCGGUCCGUCGAAUCGACUCAGACGCGGAUCGUGGGAUUGUAAGUAGUUCACUCAACCUUCGACUAAUGGUCUUCGUAUCAAACAAAUCCUUACUUUCACCUUCUUUGCAGAAUAGUAGAUAACUGAGGCGGGAUGCUUUCAGUGCAAGCAGGUAUGUUUGAGCUUCGUUAUGAACUUUUUGUGACUAUCCGAAUCCGGCGGCGAGGAACCGGUUCAACGCUACCGCCAUCGGUGGCACGACUUGUACUUUUCUGUAUCUCACUCAGGCAGGUCUCUGAUCGAUGUCU